AUGCUGGCAGCAGGAGAGCAUGAAGCCUGCAGGAUGGGCGCGAACAAUGGCAAACAGUACGGCAGUGAGGGCAAAGGCAGCUCAAGCAUCUCAUCCGACGUGAGUUCAAGUACAGAUCACACACCGACCAAAGCUCAGAAGAAUGCGGCUACCAGUGAAGAUUCCGACCUGAGCAUGCGGACACUCAGCACACCCAGCCCAGCGCUAAUAUGUCCGCAGAAUUCUCACGGCUUCCAGAAUGGCCGAGGAUCUUCCACUUCUUCAUCCUCAGUCACCGGGGAGACAGUUGCUAUGGUCCAUUCACCUCCUCCAACCCGCCUUACUCAUCCUCUCAUCCGGCUGGCAUCCAGACAGCAGAAAGAACAGGCCAACAUAGACCGUCUCCCAGACCACUCCAUGAUCCAAAUUUUCUCUUUCCUGCCUACCAACCAGUUGUGCCGUUGUGCACGAGUGUGUCGCCGCUGGUAUAACCUUGCCUGGGACCCACGGCUUUGGAGGACUAUUCGCCUGACAGGCGAAACAAUCAACGUAGACAGGGCUCUUAAAGUGCUGACCCGGAGGCUUUGUCAGGACACGCCAAAUGUAUGUCUCAUGUUGGAGACGGUAAUUGUUAGUGGCUGCAGGCGGCUCACAGACAGAGGACUCUACACCAUUGCCCAGUGCUGUCCAGAGCUGAGGAGGCUAGAGGUGUCGGGCUGUUACAACAUCUCCAAUGAAGCAGUCUUUGAUGUGGUGUCGCUGUGUCCAAACCUUGAGCACCUGGAUGUGUCAGGCUGUUCCAAAGUGACAUGCAUUAGUUUGACCCGCGAAGCCUCCAUCAAGCUGUCCCCAUUACAUGGCAAACAGAUCUCUAUCCGCUACCUGGACAUGACAGACUGUUUUGUGCUCGAGGACGAAGGCCUGCACACCAUCGCCGCACACUGCACUCAACUGACUCAUCUGUACCUGCGCCGCUGUGUCCGCAUCACCGAUGAAGGCCUCCGUUACCUAAUGAUUUACUGCACAUCCAUCAAGGAGCUGAGCGUGAGCGACUGCCGCUUCGUCAGCGACUUCGGCAUGCGGGAGAUCGCCAAGUUGGAGUCGCGCCUGCGGUACCUCAGCAUCGCACACUGCGGUCGCAUCACAGACGUGGGCAUCCGUUACAUUGCCAAGUACUGCAGCAAGCUGCGCUACCUCAAUGCGCGGGGCUGCGAGGGCAUCACGGACCAUGGCGUGGAGUACCUCGCCAAAAAUUGCACAAAACUCAAAUCGUUGGAUAUUGGCAAGUGCCCGCUGGUCUCAGACACCGGCCUGGAGUUUCUGGCCCUGAACUGCUUCAACUUGAAGCGCCUGAGCCUGAAGUCAUGUGAGAGCAUCACAGGCCAGGGCCUACAGAUCGUAGCUGCGAACUGCUUUGACCUGCAGAUGCUGAACGUGCAGGACUGUGAGGUUUCCGUGGACGCUCUGCGUUUUGUUAAACGCCAUUGCAAGCGCUGUAUUAUUGAGCACACCAACCCCGCUUUUUUCUGA